CAUGCCCCCCGGGCCGCCGUGUGCCUGGCCGCCCCGCGGUGCGCUCCGCCUCUGGCUGGGCUGCGUCUGCUUCGCGCUGGUGCAGGCGGACAGCCCCUCAGCCCCAGUGAACGUCACCGUCAGGCACCUCAAGGCCAACUCUGCAGUGGUCAGCUGGGAUGUCCUGGAAGAUGAGGUUGUCAUUGGAUUCGCCAUCUCUCAGCAGAAGAAGGAUGUGAGGAUGCUGCGCUUCAUCCAGGAAGUGAACACCACCACCCGCUCAUGCGCCCUCUGGGACCUGGAGGAGGACACGGAGUACAUCGUGCAUGUGCAGGCCAUCUCCAUUCAGGGACAGAGCCCAGCCAGCGAGCCCGUGCUCUUCAAGACCCCUCGAGAGGCUGAGAAGAUGGGCUCCAAGAACAAAGAUGAGGUGACCAUGAAGGAGAUGGGAAGGAACCAACAGCUGCGGACAGGUGAGGUGCUGAUCAUCGUGGUGGUCCUGUUCAUGUGGGCAGGUGUCAUUGCCCUCUUCUGCCGCCAGUAUGACAUUAUUAAGGACAACGAACCCAAUAACAACAAGGAGAAAACUAAGAGUGCAUCUGAAACCAGCACUCCUGAGCACCAGGGCGGGGGGCUCCUCCGCAGCAAGGUGCUUCACCACUGUACUUUCAUUUCCUCUUCUGUAAAACAGAUAUGAAAUCCUUUCAGUGCUUGCUCUGAGCAGCUCAGAAGAAAGACAGUAGAGAAUGAGAGGAUCUCAUGAUUCUGAUGACGAUUCUCCAACAAAUAUCUGGCCCUCUCUGCAUCUCCUCCUCCUUCCAUCUUGUACCCUCUGGCUCACUGUCCUCUCUCGGCUUCUCUCUUUCUGGCGCCUUUUCCUGAAGCCUCUUAUUAACCCCUAUUUCCAGAAGCACCUCAACAAUGUCAGUGGCUGAGGCUGUGCCCAGAGGUAGAUGUGCAGGAUAUAAGCGAACUAGUGAGAGAGAUGACUGCUGGGGGUGGAGUGGGUACCAGGGCUCUGAGUCCAUGACUCAGUUUUGGCCACUCAGCUGAGUGAGGCCGAAGGAUGGGUUGGAAAAGGCAGACAGACAAGACCUCCAGGCAUGGCUGCUCUUCUUUCCACAAUGAACAACAGCCUGGCUUUUAGGCUGCAGCCCUCUUGGCUCCUUUUCUCCUUCUGUGCUGUUUCCCACCUUCCAAGAAGCCUAUUCAGUUAGCUUUGGCCACUUCUCUAAUUUCUUUCCUCCCAGUUUCCAAACAAGCCCUCAAUGAACAUCAUUGAAGCAUGACUGCCUGUCUGAAGAGAGAAAGAUUUCAUUUUUCCUUGCUGGUCCCCAGGUCCUGGGCACAGGGAGAGGGCCGACUGCAUCAAGGGAGGAGGCACAACAAGCUGCAGUUCUCUCUCUUCCCUCUUAGUCUGAUGAAAGAGCCUGAACUACAAACCCAAAUUCUGCAAAAAAUAAUAAAAAGCCACAAAACUAAAAGGCCUGGCCCCAUCCUAGAAAAGGCAAAGCUGCAUGAAACAGCCUUCUGCCUCCUCACCUCUCCUGGACUGGCCUCCUCUUUGAGAAAAUGCACAACGCUCUGGGAAAUGACAGGCUCUAAGAUUGACUCAUGCUGUGUCUUUUAGACCAGGGAGCAUCGGAGGAGGAUGCUGUGGAGCUGCCUGCUGUGCAGGGACAUGGCUGUCAUCAAGCCUUUUCUGGAUGUAGCCAUCAGAGACUUGUUUGGGGUGUGAUACACACCCUUGUGAGUGUGUAAGAUGUUGCCUGUUUUGUCUCUUGAAAAACAAAACUGGAGGGCUCCGUUCCAGAGGGCAGAGGAUUCUUCCAGGACUUGAGCUGGUUGCCUACAUCCUAUCUUCUUUGACAUUUACUUUGAUGGUGAGAUCAUCACUCUGGGGUUUUAAGAAGACCUGGAAGGUAUUGGCCCUGUUUUCUAAGGAAGCAUCUCUUGGAGUUUGAGCAGAGCCAGCUGGAGCAACUGAAAAGGCACAUCCACAUUUUAUAUCCUGGGGACUGCUGACCCACUCACUGUGGAGUGGAAGUUGCUGGAAAGCAGGCCUGAGCCAUUCACCACAGACAGGCAGAGCAGCCUGGCUGUCACAACUAACUAGGGUCUUCAUAUCUUACUAUCUCAUCAGGAUUCUGUGAAAGUUACCCAGGGUCCUCAUGUCCUUCCCUAGAGCCUGAGUGGUAUGGUUUCUCUCUCCACUUCCCCUUUCUGGUUAAAAACAAACAAACAAUGGUGCUUGAUGAGGGAAGGCAGACUCUUCCCUGUGACUGAUGUGUUACAGCUGCCAAAUGCCUGCAUGGGAAGAGGUGGACUCUGCAUCUUCCAUUGGUGGCCAAGAAGGGGGCAGUGGAGGAUGUGCCUAGCACAAGCCUGAUACACAGUAGGCACUUGGUAAAUAUUUGCUGUGCUGAAUGUUAAGAGCACUGGCACCCAAGACAGAGAGCUGAAAGCCAUCACCCAAUGACUGCCCCUUCCUUCCAUUCUUAAGAGCUCUCUGCUUCAGCUAAGUGUGGCAGGCAGCACAGGGGAGGAGAGACGGUACAAGGCAGAUGUCAGCAAUACAAAGGGCUUCCUCAUGGGGAGGGCAUGAGGCUCCACUCAUUGUCUUGUGACUUCUAUCCCUGCUGAAUGGGGCUGUGGGGUCAAGGCUCCGUAAGGGAGAGGUCCUUACCUCUGAUCCAGUUAGAGCAAUAACCACUUUUUAACUGUAAAAUAAAAAGACAAAUGAAAAGGCACAUCCUUGUCUUCUGGUAAAU